AUGACAAUAAUAGCAAUAAGUAUAAUGAAUGUAGUGAUAGGGAUAGCAAUAUUAGGAGUAAUAUUAAGAAAGAAAAUAAUGCCGAACCAAAAAUUUCAAAGAAUAUUUAUAUUAGGAGUACAAGGAAUACUAAUAGUAUUAAGUGGAAUAAUGUUAAUAGGAUGUGAAGGAACGGAUAUAAUAAAUAGGAUUAGUCCAUAUAUUAAUAUGGUAACAGUAUAUAGUAAUAAUGUCAAUAUAAAUAUUGGUUAUAGUAUCGAUGGGAUAAGUGCAAUAUUUAUAUUUUUAACAAUAAUAUUAAUAUUAAGUUGUAAUUUAAUAAGUAUUAGAGUAAUAAAAGAAAAAACCGAACAAAAAUUUCAAAUAAUGUUAUUAUUAACAGAAAUAUUAAUAAUAAACUUUUUUGCAGCAACAGAUUUAGUGCAAUUAUAUAUCGUAUAUGAAGCAACCCUAAUCCCAAUGGUAAUAAUGAUAGGAGUAUGGGGCUCAAGAACCGAAAAAAAAAUAGCAGCAUUUCAAAUAUUAAUCUAUACUUUAAUCGGAAGUAUAUUUAUGUUAAUGUCAAUUGGUAUCUUAUAUAGUACAUUAGGAACAACGGAUUAUAUUAUGAUAAGAGAGUAUAUUGAUGUAUUACCAGAAAAUGUAAGAAAACUAAUAUUUAUAGGAUUUUUUAUAGGAUUUGCAGUAAAAAUUCCAAUAGCACCAUUACAUUUAUGGUUAUUAAGAGCACAUGUCGAAGCACCAACAGCAGGAUCAGUAUUAUUAGCAGGAAUCUUAUUAAAAUUAGGAGGUUAUGGUUAUAUAAGAUAUAAUAUAGGAUUAUUUCCUGACUUAUGUGAAUAUUAUUUUCCAAUAAUAGGAGGAAUAUGUUUAAUUUCAAUAUUAUAUACAGGAAUAGCAACAUUAACACAAUUAGAUGUAAAACGAAUAGUAGCAUAUUCAUCAAUCUCUCAUAUGAAUGUAAUAGUAUUAGGAUUAUUUAGUGGAGUAUUACAAGGAAUAGAAGGAGGAAUAAUAUUAAUGAUAGGACAUGGAGUAGUAUCCGGAGGAUUAUUUUUAUGUAUUGGAGUAAUAUAUGAUCGAUGUAAAACAAGAAUAGUAUAUGCGUAUAAUAAUUUAGUACAUGUUAUGCCAAUUAUGGCAAUAUUAUUUUUUUUAUUAGUCUUAGGAAAUAUAGCAUUUCCAAUCACAAGUAAUUUUGUAGGUGAAUUAUUAAUCUUUAUCGGAUUAAUAAAAAAAAAUAUAAUAAUAGCAUUUUUUAGUGCAUUAAGUAUGAUAGUGACAGCAAUUUAUUCGUUUUGGUUAUAUAAUAGAAUAUUUUUUGUAAAUGAAAUAAUAAAAAGAGAAGCAAAUGAAGUAAUAAGUAGUAAAGGACAAAUAGUUGCGGAUAUGAAUGCAUUAUUUUUAAUAGAAGAUGUAAUGAAAAAAAAAGAAGAGAGGGGCAUAGAUGAUAUAGGACAACCAAAGGAGGUAAAAAAAGAACAAUUGAUUUAUAGUGAUGUGAAUAUAUUUGAAUUUACCAGUAUAAGUUUAAUGGUAAUAAUGAUGAUAAUAAUAGGAAUGAAACCAAGUGUAGUAGAAGGAUUUAUUGCAAUAAAUUGUUUAGAAUUAAUAAGUAAAUAA